AUGUCACAGCAUCGUGAGAGCGUUGACGAGCAAGUUCCUACUAUCGCCGCGAUGAGUGUGGCAGCGACCGAGGUGGAGAUCAGGACGGUGCAAGUACACGACGAGACAAUGUCGGAGCGACCUACGAGAGACGUCAUGGAAGGAGUCGAACACGGCUCCUCCAGACCACCUUCGCCACCAGAGACUCGAUCGCCAACUCCUCGAGUCUCGAUCGCACCUUGUCCAUCACGCCUGACGCCGCUUGUUCCACCCGUCAACUAUGGCGCUGUUGAGAAGCGUACCAUCUUCAGGAGCGGCUUUCCACAAGAUCGCAAUGUCGAGUUUCUUGAGCGGCUCAGACUCAAUGGCACGAUCUCACUCGUCGAGGAGGAGAUGAAGCCUGAAGUGGCCAAGUUCAUCGACGUCUACAGCAUCAACCACGUCUGUGUCCCGAUCAAGGCGAAUAAGGAUGGUGAGGUCAGGACCACACUCAACAGCCUCUGCGAGGCCAUCCUCUACCUCAUGAACCCCAUCAACCACCCCGUCUACGUCCACUGCAACCGAGGAAAGCAUCGCACGGGCUGUGUCAUUGCCUGCCUGCGCAAAUGCCAAAUGUGGCCCAUCGACGAGAUCCUGGCCGAGUACGAUACCUACGCUGGCGAAAAGGCCCGCCCAGAGGACAAGAACCUCAUCAGAGCCUUCAACCCGGUCGAUGUGUACAAGUAUGCCGAGAAUGAGAAGAUGCUCGAGUCCUGGCCUGCGAUCAUGAGAAAGGACUCUGUGCUUGGCGGCAACCCUGCCGACGUCUUCGAUCUGGCUUCGUUCCUCCCAGCUCAUGAUACGGCACUGAUUCCAGUCGAGAGCAGCGAGGAUGACUCGUCUGACAGUGACGAUGGACUCCAGAUUGCACAGCGUGUCAUCAGAGCAAAUCGCGAGGUGUAUCAGAUGGAACAGGAGCCCGCAGUCGCUGAUAUCGACUUGGUGGAGAAGGAGUCUUCGCAGCAGGAAGAUGUCAUUCUUGUGGAAGAGGUUGAUGAAAUCGACCCCUACGUCGCGGACGAGAACGUGGAGGAUACCGAGUGGUCGCCCCCAUAUGACUGGAACAACGACACGCCAAACACAGUCGCAUACGCCUCGACGACCACACAACCGCUCGCCGUCUCGCCUGUCCGCGCCAGAGCUGCGGCAUAG